GCCGAGGCGAGCAUACUUAGAUUUUCUUUGCAACAGGGCCAUAAUUUUUUACAUUGAAGAAGCAGAAAAUGAUAAUGAUUUAGAAAGCGUUUUUGUGAAACCUCAGCUGUAGUAUUUCGACUUACGAUGCGAAUUCGCUUGUAAUCUCUGCAGUAUUUCAAUCUUGGACAAUGAAGCAGACUGAUAGUGAUGCGAGCGGAGGGUGUUCGGUGGACAAACACCAUGGAUGCAACAGCUGUCAUUCGAUGUCGUCCACAUCGUCCACUGGGUCGGGCCAAGGUAGUGAUCACGAUCAUGAACAUCAUUCAGCAUCUCACCAUAAGAAGGGUGGCAGCGUCAGGUUUAGCGGUUUGGAUAAUAUGGACGACGAUGAUGCAACCCCUGGCGAUAGUGGUGGGAGCAAAAACUCAAAGUGUUGUCAUAUUUACCGCGGCCCAGCUGCGUUUAUGUCACCUGGUGGUAAUGCAAGUGACAACAAGACGACAUCACAGCUUUGAGGAUGAGUUGAACAUGGAUAUCGAAGAAUCUCAACGUCAUCAGCACGGCGGAUGUGGUGACGAAAAUUGCGGAUGUCAAAAGAAGCGCAAGCGUUCCGGUUGUGCAAAGAAGAAACCACCCUGCCCUAAAAAGAAGAAAAGUGCGUGCCCCAAGAAGAAAGCCAAAAAGGUCAAUGAGUGCAAAAAAGCUGAUCCAUGCAAAAGCAAGACAAAGGUGGACAAAUGCGAUAAGUGCCAAAAACCUAAGCCCAAAUGUGGAUGCAAGCCUAAGAAGGAUAAGUGCAGCAAAUCUGAUAUAUGUGAGCACGGUCGACCAGCGGAAGAUCCAUGCAGUAAGUGCCACAAGCCCGCUUCUGAUGGAUGCCACAAACUGAAAGAAGAUAAAUGCAGCAAACCUGGUAAGCCCGACCCAUGUGGCCAUCGUCCUAAGCAAAGCGCAAAACCUGCCUGUGAGUGCCAGAACGACUGCUGCGCGAACCACAAGGAAGAAAAGCACUGCAAUCAUCAGUGAUAAAUAUUUUGUUUGAUUUGUUUGCCCUUUGCCGAAAAAUAUGAAAGUAAAGUAACUCUGUCAAACUAUUUUCCCUAAUUUCUGCUUUCAAAAAUUCACCACGACCUAUGUCCACAGAAGUGAAGUAAGCAAUAAAGGUUAAUGACAUAUG